UGCAGAUUUCUCUGCACAGUGCUGAUUCCAUUUACUUGGAUAUAUGUGGGCAGCAGUGGUGUCAUUCAGUAGUUCUUUGUUUAUAUUUUGUUGGUUUUUUCAUUUGAGACAGGCUCUCACAUUGCCUAAACUAGCCUCAAACUGACCAAUACUCAAGGCUUGCCUUGAACUGUGGAUCCUCCUGCCUUGAGCUGGUGAGUGCUGAGGGUGCAGCUGUGUACCCACUCCUGGCUUACUGUCUAGUCUUUGGAGGAAGCCUUGCACUGUAUUUCAUAGCAGCUGUGAGCAUUUAUACUCCUACCACUAGCUGAUGAGACUUAUCAGUGUUUCUUGUUUGGUGUUGUAGGUAAGAACCAUUCUGACUGCUAUGCAGUGAUCCCUGACUUUGAGUGGCUUUUCUAUGAUGAGGAGUAGCAGGCAGUGCUUCCAUAUUGAAGGGCUAUUUGAGUGUCAUGUUUGAGAAACGGCUGUUGAGGCGAUGCUGUCCUGAACUCUUCAUGGCUGAGAAUGGUCUUAAGCUCCUGCUUCUCUUGGCUGUACAUCCUGAGUGUUGGGAUUCGAGGGUACUGCAUGACCAAACCUGAAUUGAUCUUCAGGCUGGAGCAUGGAUUUGAGCCAUGGAAGAUAGGAGAAGCCUCACUCUGGAGUCUCCCAGGUGUCCCUAUUACUAAGAGUUGCCUGGAAAUUCAAGAGACGCAAGUGAGACGCACCAAGAGUAUUCUAAGUGAAGUGAUCACUGAAACAGAGAUGAGGAUUCAACCGGAAGUCCAUCAAAGUGCAAAAUCAUAUGAAAGUGAACCAUGUAUGAAAAUGAUUAAUCUCAUGUCACAGCACCCCAAGACACACACAUAUCACUCAAGUGUGAAAUCUUCUGAAACUCAGGAAUGUCAGAAAGCUUUCUAUUCUAAGUCCAAUGUCACUGCACAUAAGAGCCUUCAUAUAGAUGAGAAGCCAUAUGAAUGUAAAGAAUGUGGUAAAUAUUUCUUACGCAAGUCAAACUUCACUAAACAUCAGAGAAUUCAUACAGAUGAGAAGCCCUUUGUAUGUAAAGAAUGUGGCAAAGCUUUCUUCUAUAGGUCACGCUUCACUCGCCAUCUUAUUUCUCAUAUAUGUGAGAAGUCUUAUAAAUGUGCAAAAUGUGGUAGCUCUUUCUACCACAAGUCAAAACUCAUUGAACAUUUGAGAACUCAUACAGGCGAGAAGCCUUAUGAAUGUAUACAGUGUGGUAAAGCUUUCUGCCGCAAGUCAGCCCUCAAUAGACAUUGGAGAACUCAUACAGGUGAGAAGCUUUGUGAAUGUAAACAAUGUGGUAAUGCUUCCUCCUGCAAGUCAGCCCUCAUUGACCAUCAGAGAACUCAUACAGGUGAGAAGCCUUAUGAAUGUAUACAAUGUGGUAAAGCUUUCUACUGUAAGUCAGCCUUUAAUAAACAUCAGAGAACUCAUAAAGGUGAGAAGCUCUAUGAAUGUGAAGAAUGUGGCAAAGCUUUCUUUUCCAAGUCACGCUUAGUCUGCCAUCAUAGAACUCAUACUGGUGAAAAGCCUUAUGAGUGUCAAGAAUGCAAAAAAGCUUUUUCCUCCAAGUCAUUUCUUAGUAUACAUCAUAGAACUCAUACUGGUGAGAAGCCCUUUGAGUGUGAAGAAUGCAGGAAAGCAUUUUCCUCCAAGUCACUUCUUAGUGUAUAUCGUAGAACUCACACAGGUGAGAAACCUUAUGAAUGUCCAGAAUGCAGGAAAGCCUUCUCCAAGUCAGUCCUCAAUACACAUCGUAGAACACAUACAGGUGAGAAGCGCUAUGAAUGUGAAGAGUGUGGUAAAACUUUCUACUACAAAUCAUUUCUCAGUGUACAUCAUAGAACUCACACAGGUGAGAAGCCCUAUGAAUGUAAAGAAUGCAGGAAAGCUUUCUCCUCCAAGUCUGGUCUUAGUGCACAUCAUAGAACUCAUACCAGUGAAAAGCCCUAUGCAUGUGAAAAAUGUGGGAAAGGUUUCUCCUCCAAGUCAAUUCUCAGUGCACAUCAAGUAAUUCAUACAUGUGAGAAGACCUAUUGAUGUGAAGAAUAUAGGAAAACUUUUUCUUCCAAGUCAGAUCACAGUGCAUAUCAUAGAACUCAUACAGGUGAGAAGCCAUAUGAAUACAAAGAUUAUAGAAAAAAUUUAUUCUGCAGGGCACACUUAUCUUCAUAUCAUAGAACUCAAUAAACCAUAAUAAUGAUGUAGCUAAAAUGAUGUACAUUCUGGGAGGUGUAAACAGAAUUAUCAUCCUUACCCCAUGUUGUACCCUCUGACAAAAGGAGACUUGAUUUCACCAAACUACAGUCUAGGAAAGCACUGAGUUUAUUGAGCUUACUUAUAGAGCAAUAUGUGAGGUUUCACAUACAGAAGUGUGAGUGCUUCUCCACACCCAGGAGCUACACUGGAAAGUUUUCAUCCAAGCGUGGAUGAUGACUUUCUCACAGUUGCACAAAAUGACGUGACACUUCCCACAGCUUUCUCAGCUUGUAUACCCUUAGCCCCUUCCAUGGUGAGUUCGGAGGUGUGGCUGACUCUCCCUGCCCCUCC